CGCAUCUGUCCAGGUAGUCCUCUCGCCCACAUCACAUCACCUCAGUAUACCUCACCAUCCCAUCCCAAUUUACUGCUUAGCUGUUCACUUCAUAUCACGCAUCAUACUGCUUAUUCUACUCCUCUCGGCUCCUACAGCCUCCGUGUACGCGUGAAUGCUCGUGGAGCGGCUCUUGAAUUCUCUUGGCGCCAUCGACCACGCGAAAGAAGCUCCAAACACAUCGGACGUGCCAGUCACUGUCACCUCAUUUCUACUUCUAAAUAUAUAGGCUUGGUGAGGACCAAGGUGUUGCUCUGGUUUUUCAGGGUGUUGUUGCAACCACAACAAUACUUCCAUCCGCCCCUCUCAAACCACGACGUUUUCCCCAUGAAAUUUACACCACAACUGAAAGAGUAGCAAUUAGACGGUUGCACGUAACGCCAUUCUUAGUCCAUAUUGGAACGUACAAUUCAAUUUGACGCGUUCCUCUUAGCUUUUUCCAUUGCCCAGGAUGCCACCUGCCCGGGCUCUUCGCCAGCGUGGUGUCACGAACGAAAAUGACGAAAAUGGAGCGACAACACGGCUAACACGGGCAAAGACUGCUACUCUCAGCGUCCAAGAUGCUCAUUCCUCAAACGGAGCAAUUACAAAACCACUGCAAUCCAAGAAAUCUGCUGCCAAUACCGCCAACACUACCACUCGGAGACGUCCCGCCCUGGGGGAUGUUAGUAAUAUGGCAAAGAUGGAUAACGUAGAUGGUACCAAAGAGGCGAAGAAGCCAGCUACCUCACGCGUUGGUUUGACUUCCAAAGCCUCCACGCACAGUGCUGGGGUUCAGAAACUUGGUCGAACAAACACAUCACGGUCUGCCCUAGCUGUGAAGGAUACCAACAAACAACGAGAAGCAACCGAGUUAAAACGUCCGGGUAGUGGUUCUGGGGUUUUGGGAGGCACAAAAACGAAGCGUCAAUCAAACCAAAAACCAACCCGAGCCGAACCUGCAAGCGCUAUUGAGGAGCCACCUCGAAAAAAGGUCGAUUUGGAGAAGGCUGAAAUCGAGAAGACCGAGAACGAGAGGGAGGCCGUUUUGGAGGAAGCUCUCGAUGGAAAAGAAGUCGCGCUGGAAGAAGAAGAGGUCUUGGACCUUGACACUGAAGACCUCUAUGAUCCUAUAAUGGGGGGUGAAUAUGCAAUUGAAAUCUUCGAUUAUCUAAAAAAGAUUGAACCCCAGACCAUGCCCAACCCGGACUACAUCUACCACCAAGAAGACCUCGAGUGGGGAUUGCGUGGCGUUCUUGUUGACUGGCUCAUUGAGGUCCAUACCCGUUUCCGCCUCCUCCCUGAAACUCUCUUCCUCACUGUCAAUAUAAUCGACCGCUUUUUGUCCGCUGAGGUUGUCGCGUUAGACAGAUUGCAACUUGUUGGAGUGACAGCAAUGUUCAUUGCUGCCAAAUAUGAAGAAGUUUUCUCACCUCACGUGGCCAACUUCAGUCAUGUUGCCGACGAAAAUUUCUCAGAUAAAGAAAUUCUCGACGCUGAGCGACACGUCCUCGCAACCCUCAAUUAUGACAUCAGCUAUCCCAAUCCAAUGAACUUCCUGCGAAGAAUAUCCAAGGCAGAUAACUAUGACAUCCAUACGCGAACUCUUGGAAAGUAUUUUAUGGAAAUCAGUCUUCUGGAUCAUAGGUUUAUGGCUUACCGACAAAGCCAUGUUGCUGCCGCCUCCAUGUAUCUAGCACGGCUUAUCCUCCAUCGUGGCCGCUGGGACGCUACCCUUGCGCAUUACUCCGGCUAUACGAAGGAAGAAAUUCUCCCUGUUUUCCAAUUGCUGAUUGAUUACCUUCACCGUCCUAUAUCCCACGAGGCAUUCUUCAAGAAAUACGCCAACAAAAAGUUUAUGAAAGCCUCGAUUGUGACUCGCCAAUGGGCGAGAAAAUACCGCUCUCUCUACCUUGAUACUGAUACUGCUCCCUUGAAUGAGGGAAGCAAAACCACCAAGUACAGUCGAUAGUGACACAAGUGGUCAGUCUCUUGUUAUAUGCAACGAUUGUGUGAUAUAAAAUUUAUUCUAGUGCCUCAACCUGUAUGUAUUUCUGUCUGGCAGGCCGGCGCACUUCCUUCAUUUCUCAUUUUUGGGUCCCUUUCUCGAGUUCAUGACGGAGUAUAUAAGGGGUUGCAUUUUUGUUAUGAUGGCAUCAUUAUCACCACUCCGUGAUUAUCUUCUUCCUCCCUUCCCCUUUCGUAACCCCCGUCUUCUUUGCUUCCCUCACGUUUGCUACCCUAAGGCGCCGUUUUAUACUUUUGUUUGUGUUUGCAUGUCUUUUCAUUCCGUUUUGUUAUUUUCUUUUUCAAGGGUACGAAACGCAAACGAAAGGACGCCCGUAGUGUUUCUAACUCUACUUAUUGGCGGAUUUUUUUUUGGAGCUGCCUAUUUUUUUUUAAAUAAAUUUCUCCUGCGACUGGUGUUAAGAACAUGCGUCAGCGUUUGGAAAGCAUCUUUGCCGUUUUCUUUUUCUCCGGCUUUUCUCAUUUUAUUAUUCUCUAUAUUUGUUUAUUGUGUUUGUCUUCUCGUCGUUUGAUUUCCGUUUUAUUCCCUUACGUUUCCCUUGAUUUUUUUUUCUUCCAAACAGUUGUUACUCUUAAUAUUCACUUCCUUUUGCUGCUUGCUGCUGUUGCUCCUGGGUGAGCUCUUCCGCGCUUGUUCGAAGAGAAAAGAAAAAUACCAUUUUUCCGUUUUUUAUUU